GCUGAGGAAUCCUGUAAAUGCAAUGGCUGGAAGAACCCCAACCCGCCUCCCACGCCGCCGCGGGCAGAGCUGCAGCAGGCGGGUGUCAGCCUGGCAGAGCCCUGCCGCAGCUGCAGCCACGCGCUGGCUGCUCAUGUUUCUCACCUGGAGAAUGUGUCUGAAGAAGAAAUGAAUAGGCUUCUGGGGAUUGUAUUGGAUGUGGAGUAUCUGUUCACAUGUGUCCACAAAGAAGAAGAUGCAGACACCAAGCAAGUGUAUUUCUACCUGUUCAAACUUUUGAGGAAGUGCAUUUUACAGAUGGGAAAGCCUGUAGUAGAAGGAUCUUUGGAAAGUCCUCCAUUUGAGAAACCUAGCAUUGAACAGGGUGUGAAUAAUUUUGUGCAGUACAAAUUUAGCCACUUACCCUCAAAGGAAAGACAAACAAUAGUGGAAUUGGCUAAAAUGUUUCUGAACCGCAUUAACUACUGGCACCUGGAGACACCUUCUCAGCGAAGACUAAGAUCACCCAAUGAUGAUAUUGCGGGGUAUAAAGUGAAUUAUACCAGGUGGCUUUGUUAUUGCAAUGUCCCUCAGUUCUGUGACAGUCUACCUCGGUAUGAAACCACCCAGGUUUUUGGUAGGACAUUGCUUCGCUCCGUUUUUACCAUAAUGAGACGGCAACUGCUGGAGCAGGCUAGGCAAGAAAAAGACAAGCUUCCUCAAGAAAAGCGAACACUAAUCCUCACUCAUUUUCCAAAGUUUCUGUCGAUGCUGGAAGAAGAAGUGUACAGCCAGAAUUCUCCCAUUUGGGAUCAGGAUUUCAUGGUGUCUAGUUCCCAAACUGGCCAGCUAGGAAUCCAGACAGUUAUCAGUCCUCCUCCUGUUGCAAGAUCUGUUUCAUACAGUGCAAGUCCUUCGUCUCUGGAGCAACCUAACAGUGGGAACAUGAGUCCUGCUUGCAAAGUUUCUUCUGCCCUUGACCCAAACCUAGGGGAAAAGAGGAAAAAUAAUGAACCCUAUUCUCUGGAGGAUGCUAAAAAACCAAGGGUUGUAGGAGAUAUUCCUAUUGAGUUAAUCAAUGAAGUAAUGUCAACAAUUACAGAUCCUGCAGCAAUGCUCGGGCCAGAGACCAACUUCCUCUCAGCGCACUCAGCUCGGGACGAGGCAGCGAGGCUGGAGGAGCGCAGGGGGGUGAUUGAAUUCCACGUGGUUGGCAACUCCCUGAACCAGAAGCCCAACAAGAAGAUCAUGAUGUGGCUGGUUGGUUUGCAGAAUGUGUUCUCCCAUCAGCUGCCUCGAAUGCCGAAGGAGUACAUCACACGCUUGGUCUUUGAUCC